CUAGAGGCCGCAAAUGGGAAGGAGAUCGAGAUGAUUAAUGUUGAGCAGGAACCAGGGAUUGAAGUGAUGGCAUUUUCGCUGAAGGAACUGGUGGAGACAUAUGGUGCCCAGACAGCGGAGCUGGCAAUGGAUUCAACAUGGAAAACCAAUGUUGCCUCCUAUGAGCUGUAUGCCCUUGUUGGCGAGGCAAAUUGCCAGGCGUUACCGAUGGGCUUUGUCUUGACAGCAAUAACAGAUGGCUCAGCGACAAAGGGCACAAAGAAAUGGAUGCUUACUCAGAUACUCAGAUAG